AUGGAGCUCCCACUAGACAUCAUGUUUGAUAUCUUUAGUCGUUUGCCUAUUGAAACGGUUUUAGCAUCCAAAUUAGUUUCCAAAAAUUGGAGAGAUGUUGUUCAUCAUCCAUCCUUCUCUCAAAAGCAUUUAAAUCGUCUCUGUUCUUCUGAAGAUUCAGGUAAUUUGGGUUUUCUUUUCACUGACUAUACAAAUUCUGAUUCAAAAGAAUUCUAUUAUGUUGAAUACGAUGAGAAUAAUGAGACACCCAUUAUUAGCACUAGAAGGAUCAACAUACCCUCUGAAUUGAAAUCUUAUACUGUUGUUGGUUGCUGUAAUGGGUUGAUCUGUCUUUACGAGCUUAGUUCGAUUAUCAUUUGUAACCCCAUCACUAGAGAAUAUGUUGAUCUUCCAAGAUUGAAUUGUUAUUUCUUUUUGCGUUGUGGUUUUGGUUACCUUGUAUCAACUAAUGAGUACAAAGUUGUCAGAGUAUAUGAGUUACCGGGAGAACCCAGUUCUGUAGAAGUCGAGGUAUACACUCUUGGCAGUGGAAACGGUUGGAGAAAUGUUGGAAAACUCAACUCUGAAUAUGGCUUACUUUGUGACCAAGUAGGUGUAUUUGCAAAUGGAGCUCUUCAUUGGGCAGUCAGUAGGAAACGAAUAAUUGUGGCCUUCGAUUUGGCUUAUGAAAAGUUUCGUGAAAUUCAACUGCCCACAUUUCCAGAGUGUCUCUAUAGGGAUGGAUACUUUAAACUUGUUGGGUCUUUGGGUGAUUAUUUGAUGUGUCUCGAUUAUAUGAAACUGAGAAGGUCUCUUGACAUAUGGUUACUGAAGGAAAAUAGUACCACUGACAUGAAUCGGGAAGUAGAUUACAAGUCAAUGAGCUGGGGUAAAAAGUUUCAUGUAGGCAAUAUGGAACCAUUUUCCUUUACAAACAGUGGUGCAGUUUUGUGUUUCAAUACUAGGCCCGGAAAACCCACUCUCUACGGCUAUGACUUAAAAUCGUCGUCUUUUGAGAUGCUUGUCAGUUUUGAUAAAAUAUUCAUUCAACCACCAUUCGUUCACAUGAAAACUAUAGUUUCAUUGAAAGCUUUGGGAGAAGAAAAUACGAAUAGAAUGGAGACAAAUGGAUGA